AUGACAUCUCAGAAAGAUAGCUACCCAUCCCAAAACGGUAGCUACCCCAUAAAUGAAGAGAGGGAAAUGUCUCUAAAAGAAAAGGUGGAAAUACUAAAAUCUUUACAAGAGUCCACGCUCGACCCUUCAAAGCUUCAGGAAUACUUAAAAUACACAUCUAUUCCAGGACUCUCGGUACCGAUUCUCAAGAAAGUUUUGGAAUAUCUCACAGAUUUGGACUCACAGAUAAGCGCCUCCUAUGAAAUACUCUCCGACGAAGACUGGGAAAGAGUAAUCUCGGGAGAGUGCAGCAUUCUGGACAAAAACUUUGAUGUUAAAACCAAAAUAGAUUGCUUUGAAAUGUAUUUCAAGUUAUUCUAUGAGAUAUUAGUGAGCAACGACAUUUCAUCUGUUUUGGAUAUUUUGGCGCCACUUUUCAAGAUCAAGACCAAAAAUAUUCAGUUUUUAAUCUUACUUGUCGCUAAGAGCAAUCCAAAGCCUGUUUUUGGAUAUGUGCUUUCCAAUCUUAAGAAAGCCCCAUUGAUUUAUUGUCCCUUCUUUAGCUCGUUGCUUGUAAGACUCAAUUUUGAUUUCGAAAUCAAGCAGAAGUGCUUGGCGGUGUUUCUCAGGUACAUUUCAGAAAAUAAGCCGUCAAAUAGCGUCCAAUAUCUGUUAUUGCUCCAGAGUCUGAUGUACAUCCUAUGCUUUAAGGAAUUUUCGACUGCAUUUAUGUCAGAAUCUGAUGUGCUAAAAGCAGACAAUAGCCAUGAAAAGCAGACAGCCAUAAUCGACGUUGAUAGAAUAUGGGAGCUGAUAAAGAAGGGAGAAGAAAUGAACUCUUUUGCUUAUCUCAAUAGGGAUGUGGUUUCAAAAUUCUGUGAAAUUUACAAGUUAAAAGAGCCUGCCUACCAUGCUCCUAAGAAUGGACUGUUUUCAUUCUUCCCCUUUGACUUGCCUGUAAUCCCGGGGAUUGAAAAAGUAAUACAAAACGACUACAUUACGUUCAACUAA